AUGUAUCUUGAAAAUCAUUUUGUCAGUGAACAUCAGCCGUCAUACCAAGAACUAUAUGGAAUGAGCAGUGUCCCAUAUUUCCCUGCUUCGGUUGUGGACCGUAAUGGGUCAUGUGUCAGGGUUGUUUCUUCGAAUAGAGCCGGAAUGGGCAAGACAUUGUUCAUUUCUCGAAUGGUUGAAAAACUCCAGGCUUUGAUGCCAGGAUACAAGGCACUCAUAACAAUCCCUGUUCAUGGUCCAGUAGUGACCAAUGACUCCAUAAUGGAGUGUCUCGUUCAUCAUGGAGAUGCAUCUGAAUGUACCAUAAUCCACUUUGACAUUUCUCCUUCGGUGCUGUGGCAGGUGGACACCAUUUUAUUUUCACUCCUCAUCCAGCGAGGGUUGUGUGACAGUCAAGGUCGUGUCUGGAGGAACCAUUCUUCACAACUCUACGCCAUUGAAGUCACCCUACCGGAGACACGUGAGAAAAUGUCUACUCCUGAGCACCUCACACUGCAAGUGCUGGAGAUGCUGCCAACCGUGAACUCUGUGAAACCUAAGAUGGCUUUCACUCUCAUGUCACGAGAUGGGAAGGACUUUGGAGACAGAGUGGUAAUGGACCAGAAAGAGUUUGAGAGCGAGACCUUCCAAAGGGUCUACCAGUACCUGAGACGACAUGCUGCAGGGAACAAUCUUGAUAGAUUCUCCUACAUCAGGGGAACUACUGAAGGGACUCCACACGACUGCUUACAGACUUUCCUCAUAUACUGUGGUGUCAGAGACCCUUCAUGGGCAGAGAUCAGACACUUUGUCGACUUCCUCAACCUCCAGCUGCACUCCAGCGAGAGGUCCUACUUCACUCACCCUGACUUUGUUGGUGAUGUGAUUGCUGGUUUCAAGAGCUUUGUUGUCAAGUUCAUGAUUCGGAUGUCUAGGGAUUUUUCUACGUCUUCUCUGAGAGGUGAAGUGGCACAAGAGAAUGAGGAAGCCAAUGAACCACAAGAUGUUCUUCAGCAGUAUCAGAUUGUGGGUAGAAAGCAGUGGGAACACAGCUCCCACCCAUACUUGUUCUUCAACAAUGAUGGCAUGAGUUUCACAUUUGUUGGGUUUGUGAUGACCAAUAAUGGUGACCUGUGUGACCCAGCCCAACGCGGAGGUAUUCUGGAGAGAGGCAUCAUGUCUCCUCAGCUCUACACUGGACUUGCGGCUCAGAGAGUGAAUUUUACCGAAGACUACCGGCACUGGCCCAAAGAUGUUAUGAUUAGCAAGAUAUCAACGAUCAUGGGAAUUGAGUGGCCCUAUGACCCUGACCCUACAUAUGUUCUAACAGUUGAUAACUUGAUCAAGAUCUUGGCCAUUCAGAUGAGAUUCAGGUGUAGUAUUCCAGUUGUGAUAAUGGGAGAGACUGGUUGUGGCAAGACCAGACUCAUUAGGUUCAUGUGCAACCUUGCCUCUCAGGGCAGUGGACACCGGAACAUGCUGAUUUUGAAGGUACAUGGCGGGACAACCGAGGAUGAUAUUGUGCAAUUUCUCAACCGGGCGGAAGAAAGUGCCAAACGGAACAGAUCACAGAACUUGGACACAGUUGUCUUCUUCGACGAGGCCAACACUACUGAUGCCAUUGGACUGAUAAAAGAGAUCAUGUGUGACAGGAGAGUCCAUGGUAACCUUGUGUCACCAGACCUCAAAUUCAUUGCUGCAUGUAACCCUUACAGAAGGCAUACCGAAGAGAUGAUAAAGAAGCUACGCUCUGCCGGGCUUGGGUUCUAUGUGAGGGAAACUGACACACAACAGAAACUUGGAAAGAUCCCACUGCGGGAGCUAGUGUACAGGGUGAUUGACCUCCCUCCCAGUAUGAGACCUCUGGUCUAUGACUUUGGUCAACUCAACACAGACACUGAGAGAGACUAUACCACUCAGAUUGUCCAUGACCAUGUGAAAAAGCAUGCUGUACUGUCACAGCAAAACAGUUCAAUUACAACUGCCAUAGCACGUGUGCUGGCCUGGUCUCAGAAACAUAUGAGAGACAGAAAGGAUGAGUGCAGUUUUGUAAGUCUACGGGAUGUGGAGAGGGCAAUGAUUGUUUUCAUCUACUUCUUUGAGAAAAUGGGUGUUCUUAGAGAUCCAAUUAACAGGAAAAAGAUGAAUGAAGAGGCUGAAGUGAAUGCUCAAGUGGAACUAGCUGAGGGACCAAUUUUAGCACCAGUUGCAGUCACUUCACCAACUGUGACCACUGAUCUAACUCGCUCCCUCAUUCUCUCUCUCAGUGUCUGCUAUCAUGCCAGACUCAGUGACAGAAAGAUUAUGAGCGUAAGGUUGCUCAUGAGUUUACUGCUCCACUUUGUACUCUCUGGUGGAAAGACUGAGUUUAGGAAUGUCAUUAGAUGGUCCCAGGAAGUGCUACUGGAGAGUAUGGUGUUGGGGGAGAACAUUGCCCGCAACGCUGCCCUGAGAGAGAAUGUGUUUAUGAUGGCCGUGUGUGUGGACCUGAGGAUCCCUCUGUUCCUGGUGGGAAAACCUGGCAGCUCCAAGUCUCUGGCCAAGGCCAUCGUGGCCGACUCCAUGAGAGGCCAGGCCUCGCACAAUGACCUCCUCAAGUCUUUUAAACAAGUGCAUAUGUUUUCCUACCAGUGCAGUCAACUGUCCACUCCUCAGAGUGUGAUAGAAGUGUUCAACACAGCCAAGAGGUUCCAGAGGAACCAGGACACCACCAAGUAUGUGUCAGUGGUAGUGCUGGAUGAGGUGGGACUGGCAGAGGACUCUCCCAACCUCCCUCUGAAAGCCCUGCACCCUCUACUAGAGGAUGGAACUGAAGGAUCCGAAGACAGAGAUGAGGUUGUGGCAAGGGAGAAGAGGGUGGCAUUUAUUGGGAUCUCCAACUGGGCGCUGGACCCAGCCAAGAUGAAUCGUGGGGUUAUGGUGACUCGAGGGGACCCAGACAUUGAUGAGCUGGUACUCAGUGCUCAGGGAAUCUGCCACAGUGACAAAAGUGAUGCGGUUAAAGACAGACUCAAUGAUUAUUUUCGGGUCCUGGCAAAAGCCUAUCACGAGAUUUGUGAGAACCAAAACAGACAGUUCUUUGGUCUGAGAGACUUUUACAGUCUCAUAAAAAUGCUUUACUGGAUGUGUGAGAAGACCAACAUGCCUCCUACUGGACCUCAGCUGGUCCAUGCCAUCAAGAGGAACUUUGGAGGGCUGGAGGAGAGUGGGGUGAACCCUGAGACGGUGUUCUUAAGUAGGCUGCGAAUAAAUAUAGAUGAAGCACCGGACCUAAGCGACAUUGAUCCUGAAGUAAGAGAGUUUGUGAGUCCUGACAACACUCAACGUGGACUUAUCAAGACCAGUCUAAAGACCAAGGAGACUUCUUGGCAUGGGGAAAACCGCUAUCUGUUAUUUCUGACGGAGAACUAUGCAGCACUGGAGAUUCUGAAGCAGUACUUGCAGGAUCAGGAAGGGGGACACCCUCUACUCAGUGUCCAAUCAGUGGAGUCCUCUAUGAAACCAUGGGAGAUGGAGCCUUUUGUUCUAUUUGGCAGCAGUUUCCCCAAAGACAAGGAGUACACACAGGUGUGUCGCAAUAUUAACCAGAUCAAGAUUUGUAUGGAGAUUGGUAGAACUGUCAUCCUGCUGAACUUGGAGAAUUUGUACGAGAGCCUCUAUGAUGUUCUUAACCAGUAUUACAUCCAUCAUGGAGGGAACCGAUAUGUUGAUCUGGGACUUCAAACACACAAAGUCAAGUGCCGUGUCCACGACGAGUUCAAAUUAAUCCUCAUAGCUGAGAAGACAACUGUGUACAACGAGUUCCCCACCCCACUAAUCAACAGACUAGAGAAGCACUUCGUACUCUAUUCUUCAGUUCUGGAGGACUGGCAAACAGACGUACUAGACCAGAUGGAACAGUGGAUAGAGGCCUUUUCACAUGUGCAAAGCUCUAAUGCUAGAUUCAAGGAGGGUGAUGCCUUUGUUGGGUACCAGAAAGACGUGGCAGCAGCAGUGGUAUUCCAGGCCUCCAGUCAGUUGAGGAAGACCUGUGAGGGAAUGAGGAGAGGGACCAGAGGUCGACAACAGGCGUGGGAGAUUGCCUGGAAAGAUGGUCUCCUGGGACAUGGCAGUGUGGACCAGCUCUCCAGAGAAGAGGAGGGAUCUGAGCUUUGGACACAGGCAGUGCUGCUCAUAGGGCAGUUUCUGCUGCUACAAAUGACUCCACCUGCUGCUCUUGUCAGACUGGACAAGAGCAGGCUCAAAGAUGAAGGUGAAAGGUUGGGCCACAUCUAUAGAACCCAGCACCAUUGCUCCAUUGAUGAUUUUCUCACUUACCACUUGACACAUGACAACUCUAGAGGAGGUCUACUCUUGCAGGUGACCACCCACAGCCAUCUCCUCUCAUCAGACGAAGUUCAUGAAUUGAGUGAUAUUCUGCCCGCAACAGUUAGUCCCAAUGUCUUUUCCUUCCUUCUUCAGGAGUUUGACACUGAGCUGGACUUUACCAGCAAAGUUAGCCCACUGUUUGUAAGGGAUGAAGACUCCCAGAAGCCUUGUCUGCUCAUCAUCCAGUGUGACUCCGGCCACAUCAAUGGUGACCUCAUUGCGUGUGCCCGCUACCGCAUUUACGACAUGCGAGCCAAGGCUAAGACUCAGUCAAAGUUCAUGAGAUCGAAACAAGGCCACGUCACACACGUAGUCUUCAUCAUACACCUCCCAGUGCAAGUUGCUCACUCCACCUUUGUUGGGUUCCAAGGAGACCCCUGGAUGUCCUGUCACAUCGAUGAGCUGAGACCCAGUGGUGACAGUGCCAUUACCCUAGAGGUGGCCCAGGGAGUCGCCAUCAGUCAACUGUUCUACGGUGGGACAGAGCUUGAGAGACAAACAUCUCAAGUCUCUAGCAGUGCAGCCUUUGAUAGAAUGAUAAGUGCAGAAGACGAACCAAUGGAGGAAGGAGGAGAGGGAGACGGACUUGGUGCCGAGGGCAGAAGAGAAGAGGAUGGGGAAAAGAUGGAAAUUAUAGUCAUAGAGAGUGAAAGUGAUGAUGAACUAGUGGAGGGCGGUGGAAAUGAUGAAAUUCAAGAAAGAGACUCAAUUAAGCCUCCACCUAUUUCUCCUCAUGAUAUGCAGCCAGCAUCAGCAGCCUUACUGGGGACCAAAGCAUUCUCUGAUGUACAUACUCAAUGUGUCCGUCUUAACAGCUGUAUCCAGGCUUCAGCCUCUCGUCUCCAGGACUCCACUCUGAGUAGACAGAGAGCCACAGAUAGAGUGCGACUACUGAUUCAAGUCAUUCCUCGCAAGCCUACCUUUCCUCUAGAGCCUGAUACCUUUUACUCUAUUCUUGUGGCUCACAUCCACCGCAUGCUUGGUGAGAGAGAGAGAGUACACAAGGAUGAUAACUGGGUGCUCAAUGAGGCCAUGGACAUGCACAAUCUUCAGACAGGAGGAACAUUCAUGAAUGUGCUCACCAGGAAACUAGACGACAUCAUCAUUCCUUGUCUAGCAGAGAUUAUUGCCUUUGUGGACAGGAACUGUAACCUAAGUCUUCUGCAGCCAAAGCCAACACCUCUCUCCCAGUUCUGGCUGAGGGUAUUUGCCAGCAACAGGGCAGAGGAGGCGUUGCGGUACAUUGACAUGGUUGGGAGGGUGAAAGUUGAGAUGAACCAUGAGGACUUUGUCUGUGAGUUCCCUUUCUCCUGGCUGGUGAAGGAGCUCGUUGAAUCUCACUGGGACAGUGCACAGAGCACUGGAGGUUCCCACAGACAGCAUGUAUACAAGCAGCUGUGUUCCCUAGUGUCAGAUAGUCCCCUGGGCGAUGUGCUGUUAAGUAUUAUUGAUGGAGAGCAGUGUGAGGAGCUAUACAGACGCUACCUCCAUGACUUUGUGCAGAGUGUGCAUAGGUGCACUCACAAGAUGAAGCAGAGUGUACAAGAUGAAUACAAGCUGAUACAAGACUCUCUGUACAAUUUGGUUGUAAGGUGUCCAGACUUCAGCACAAUAGAUGGAAAUGUGUCCCUGGUCGGAAGGAUUGCAGCAGUACAUGUAGUGUAUGCAGAAAGUUGUGAGGGUAUCCACUGGUUUGGGCAGCUGACAUCACAAAGUCCUGGGAUCUUAAGCAGUCUGCUCCAGUCAGUAGAACAGACAGCUGGUCAAGAUGAUUGUAUGAUGCUUCACCUGUAUGCCAUGGAUAAGAUUCUGAGUGGACUGGAGCCACCAAUAAAGCCAAAGCGGGUCUCUGUGUAUUCUGAUGACCAGUUAUUGAGAGUUUGGCUGAACAAACUGAGGGAAGCAAGCAAUGCCAUUGAGUCGACUCUCAGCUUGUCCAGUCAGCAGCCUAUUGCACUCCGAGCAAGGCUCCAGUGGCAGAAGAUACGGGCUAUUCAGAUGUUCACAGAACAUGUUCUUUUGAACCAUUCGAAGAUGGUAAAAUAUGCCAGACAACUUGAAUAGGCUUUACGGAGUGAGAGUGACUUCCUUACUUAUUCAACUAUUGAGAAGGUGAAACAGGUCCUAAACAUCAUGCUUGGAAAGCUUAAAAAUACAUUGAAGAGUAAAGAGGAAAAGAAGUUGCUGUCUGCCAUCAGGAAAAGUUGUACUACAUUUUUCAUUGAGUUGGUGUCUGGAUUGUGCUUUGGGCAAUCAAGUGUUCCAGAAGACGACCUGAUCAUCAUGCUCCUGGACAUUGUGUUCACAGAGCAAAGAGAAGUGGAGGAAGGAGGCGAAGGCGAGGGUGGGAGAAGAGGAACAAGAAAUCUCACCCCAUUCAAGGAUGAUGUUGCUGCGAUAAACAGCCGGUUGUCCGAUCUUUCCUACUGCAGCUACUCCUGGAACAUGACACCGAGAAAGUGAAGGGCCAUUUGAAGACCUACUUUAACAGAUGUCAGCAGGCCUUGGUCGGAGGUAUGGGGGUGGACCAAGAACUGAGUCUGCUGUGUGUACAGUGUUUUGAGAAUUCUUUCGACAAACAAUACAGUAGUCUCUCAUUGGAGAGUAAAACGGAAGUGAUUGUCAGGGAUAAAAUGCUGACCACUGCAACAGAUGGUUUGGUCCAUUCAGCUGGUUUUUCAGAGCACACUGUAUCUCUGGACCUACUGGAGAGUGUGGCUAGGAUGCGUUACUGUCUCCAAGUAGUAACAGAACUGCUGCAGUUACAUGCUAAUCGGCAGGGUGGUACACAAUUCUUGUAUGGUCAUCUUGUUCAUCGGUUACUCGAGGAAACAAGGCGUGCCUGUACGAAAACUGAAAUUAACACCAUUGACACUACUGGGAAGAUGAACACAACAGGGCCCAUAGUGUACCUACUGAAGCUGCUAGUGAGCCAGGGAGGCUUUUCCUCCUUGAGCAAGAUUGUGAAGGACCCACAGUUUAAUUGGAUUAUACCAAAAAAACUUGAGCAGGAGAAGGAGCAAAAUACGCUCGACCCAUUUGUGAUCUAUAAUCCAGUCUAUGCUCCCGUCAGAGAAGAGAUGAGUGCUGCAGCAUAUGGCAGAGACUACAAAGACCUUGAGGAGCACACUGCUGCCUUGCAGCCCCAGGAGUGUGUUCCAUUUCUCUUGAGUGUGUAUGAAGUCUAUACUAUGAGCAGAGUUUCUGCAAACCUCGGCAAACAGUUGCUGCAAGAGACAAUGACAAAAAUGAAUGACCUUGUCGUCAACUGCAAAGCUCUUUCCAGAGAAAUGAAAGUCAUGGCCAGGAAAAUGGUGUCAAAUGAGCAAGGGGGUCCUCUUGCAGCAUUCCAAGUAUCUGCUGCACAGACACCAGCUCAGCAGUCACUAGGGGCACUAGUGGUGCAUGUAGUGGCCGCACUUAUCAGCAGAAGUAGUCUUGACAUCCUCUGUCCUCUAGUGACCCUGCUUAAUGCCCCUGGGAAUAUGGCUCAAUGCUAUCUGCCAACAAUGGCAGAAGAUAUGCUUCCAGAAGCCAGAAGAAUUAUUACCGGAGGACAGUUUUAUGAAUGUCCCAACGGUCAUCCAUAUUUUGUUGGAGAGUGUGGCCAGCCAAUGCAGCAGACAAACUGUGUAACAUGUGGUUCUGCUAUUGGUGGUACAAACCAUAGAGCAUUGGCCAACAACAGAGCUGCUAGAACAGCUGACACUACUCAAACUGGCCAUUCACUGGGUCACCCUACAACACGUUCCAAUGUCCCAUACCCAGAGCGUUCUCUCUCUCCCGCUGCUUGCUGUAUUGUGAGGGCCAUCAUGCACUCUGCCCUACUGUGGACCAGCUGUAAUGAUGACAGUGCCACACAAGGUCUGCUGGCACUAGUCAAGUCAGGUCUCCACAGUCCACGGGAGCUCCCCGAGUUCUUCUGGGGUCACCUGGAGAGAGAUGUGCAGCUGCUAGCCAGGGCCCUGGGGAAGAACCCCGAGGAUGCUGCCAUUGUGGUUCAUCUUGUUCUGAGGAACAUUCUCACCACUAACCCUCCCAGUCCUGCCAUACCUCUAGGAAUACUAGGGAAAAGAGAUGUCCGUAACCAGUGGGAGAAGCAGUUCAGUGGGCUCUAUAUCAACCCCAUUCUUGAGAAGCUGGAAUCUGAAUUGACCUCUGCAAUGGCAACUAUCCUGAAUGAUGAUAAACAAGAUCAUGAUCCUCUGUACUAUCUGGUGUACGAGCGGACACCUGUGGUGAAGGACAGUCUGGAGCCACAUAUGUGGGGCUAUAGGCCUCGCAUCACACUCGAGCACCUCGUCAGAUACAUGCAGCAGCAGAAGAAGAAGUUUCCCAUAUUGGAAGAGUUUCUCAAAAAUGAGACAGUUCUGCAAGCCACUCAGUAUAUUCCAGACAUAGUGCGACUGCAAAAGUUGCUCUUUGAUGAAAUGCACCACCGCAUCGAUCGCAAGAUGGCCCACAAAAUGUCCAUGCGGGACUUUAUUGUACGGCACCGCACAGAGAAUGAGUAUCAGAAGAUGGUUGCUAGCGUGCAACGUGCUUGGCUACUUGUCAGAGACAAACUUAAAGACCACGGCCAGUUGAAGGUGGAGGAAGAGUACCUUAAGGAGGACCUAGGGUUGACCACCGCUCUGGAGUUUUUCAUUCCGACCACCACUGGUCCUGGGGCAUGCACGUUUUCCCUCGUCCAUUACCUCUCAUACGUUCACAACAACUUUAUUGACUGGUGUCGAGCCAAGAGCAAGACAAGUGCAUGGCAUGAGCACAAGAUCCAGUUAGCCCACACCCACAAGUGCCACCUCCUGGACUACCAGAGCCAGCUCACAUCCAUCCUUCUCUCUCACUGCUACUACUCCCUCCGUUUGGGCCAGGGUCGUGAGGUCUCCUACGACCUCCCAGCCCUGGAGAAAUAUAUCCUGGACCGCUUUAUCCAUGGGAAGCCCACCAUCCUGGUCGAUAUCCCCCAUGUCAGCUACCAGGAGGAUAUCUACACUGCAGCCAAAUUUGCUGCCGUAAGAAAGAAGGUGGCACCACAGAGUGCCUUGCAGCAGAGAGUGCAGCAGGACAUAUUACGAGAGCUGGGAUCGCCUGACAAGCUUCGGAGGUCUUUGGAUGUGGUUGAGAUAGUCCUCGGUUUCCUGACGUCAGGAGGAGGGAAACCAAAGACAACACUUCGCUCCUACCUCAGAAAGUUAAAGAUGGAGAAGAGGUCUUUCAGCGAGAAAGCCAAAGAACACUGUAAUUUAGAACACAUUCUCUCUCUCUGGCAAACACUGUCAGUUGGUCUGGCACAAAAUAUCACUUUGAGUGGACAGGAGCCAUUCCAUACUCUGAGUCAAGAGCUUCUGCAACCAUUAGCAGAGACCCAAUGUAAACAUCUGGACCGAGCUCUUCCAAAGGUUGACCUGUCAGCUCUGCUGGGAACACUGUACGAGUUCAUUGAAACCUACACCAGACACAUCGACAUGAACAAGAAGGAGUGGGGUUUGGUGGACACUCUGCCACCUCAUCUGGAGGCCAGCAACCUGGAGCCUUCACCAGAUCUUGAUGAGCUCCCUGGUGACAUCACUCUGGCUCAAACUGCGGAUACUUGGAAAUACAUUGUACAGUUUCAAGCUAAACAGAGACUACACUAAUUAGUUUUAUCAACUUACAACUAUACAUGUCAUUUUGUAGUAAACUUAUUGUAUUGUGUGUAGCUACAACUUUAGGUGACUUCUUCAUGAACUUUGACCAUACAUAACCUUUUGUCAGGGGGA